AUGCGCCGUCGCGGGCUCCCCAGCUUCUGCCACGGCGUCGCCUCCACCUCCACGGUGCAGCAGCUCCACGGCAAGGAGCUGGCAGCCGCUGGCAGCGCGGCGGGCGCGGACGCAGCAUCCUCGUCCUUCGUUACCGUGCAGCCGUCGGUGGUUGGUUCGUGCGUGGCGGAAACCGAGGUGAGCGGCACCGGCAUGGGCACCGGUGGCAACGGUGGUGGUCCGGCGGUCACGCUUGAGCAGAUGAUCCUGCAGCUGGACCUGGAGGAGGAGGCCGCCAGGAAGGUGCGGCGCGCGGCGGCGGGGGAGGGGACGUCGACGGAGGAGGGCUGGUGCCCACGGCGGAUGUCCUGCGUCGACGGCGGAGGUGGCCCGGCCGACCACGUGCUCCGGUCGGCGCGGGACGCGCUGAGCCAGUACCCGCGCUUCUCGCUCGACGGCCGGGACGCCAUGUACCGCGCGUCGUUCAGCGGCUUCUACGAGGGCAUGGGCCGCGACCGCGGCCGCGACGCCAAUAAUGCCGGCAACCGGCCAGCCAGGGCUUCGGUGUGCUGCGCCGCCGGAGCGGGGUGCGCGGCGCUCGCGUGCAGCGUGGGGGGAUACGAGAUGGACUUGGAGCGGACGCUGCGGUUGCCGGCCACCGUCGCCGGGGAAAGCGUGGUGUGGUGCAAGCCCGGCGUGGUGGCCAAACUGAUGGGGCUGGAGGCCGUGCCCGUGCCGCUCAGGGGAGGGCUCCGGCGGAGGAAGGCGAGCGGGCAUCAGGUGGCAGCUUGUGGCGGCGUCGGCGGUGGCAUCAGGAAGCAGAGGCCGCGGAGGACGGGGCAAGACGAGGAGCUGGCCUUGCAUAAGGAGAAGCUCUUCAUGGCAUUGCAUGGCUACGAUCUUGACGGGACGGGCGGGCGUCAUGCUGGGGGCGUCCGGUCCGGCGUGGGGACCGAUGCCGUCGGUGCCAUUGGCGCGGACGGCGAUGGCGGCUGGGAGUCCCGGCUUCGUCGUUGA